AUGUGCCUCAGCCUGAUAGGCAUGAAGCAGUCCACAGAAAGACAGGGAGGAGCGGCUGCCCAGGCGGAGGCCCACAGUGCAAGGACUCUAGGCCUUCAGGCUGGGCGGCCCCUCCCAUCCUCCCUCAGCUCCUGCUACAGCUCCAUAUCAAAGGCCACAUUGUGCACAGAGUGGGCCUUGGUCCUCCUGUGCCUGGAGGAGGCGGGAGGAGGGACACGGUUGGGAGGCUGUCCCCUCCCAACACUGUUCUGGCUGGUGUUCUCAGGGCCUCAGCCCCAGGAGGAUGGUGCACACAUGGGUGGCUGCUUCUGUAUCCCUGGGGAGCGGAGUCUGUCCUGGGGCCCAGGUAAAGGCACUCCUUCCAAGGAUCCAACUUUAUCAAGUGAGUUUACUUCCUCUACUGACUACAAGGAAAGAUGUUUCCUGCUACAGAAUAUGACUCCAGACCUGACACUUUCUUUCUGUGUAAAGAGUCGCUCAAAAAGAUGUGUAAAUGGCCGUUUGCAGGAAGCUGCCAGGAGGAGACUGUGGGCGCUUGAGAAUGAGGACCAGGAGGUGCGUGUGCUGUUCAAGGAUCUUUCAGCGAGGUUGAUGAAUAUCCAGUCCCAAAAGGCACAAUUCCUCAUCACCUUCAAGACUGUGGAGGAAAUCUGGAAGUUCUCUACUUACCUGAAGUUAGGCUAUGUGUCCACCUGUCUGGAGCAUCUCCUCUUUGACCACGAGUACUGGCUCGACUGCAGCUUGGUGGAGGAUACUGAGAUCCAAGUCUCAAUAGAUGAUCAACACCUGGAAGCAAUAUACCUGGGACUCCUGAUACAGGAAGGCUACUUCUUCUGCAGAGCCAUGUUCUCAGUGACUCAGCCAGAUGAGAAGGAAGGCGAAUGCUUAGCGCUUUGCAAGAAUGAGCUAAUCUCUGUCAAAAUCACCGAAGAAGAGGAGUGGGAAGGCGUGUCCCUGGUGACCGGUCAGCGGGGUCUGGUGCCCAUAGCAGCCCUGGAGCCCCUGCCACUUCCUUUCCACCAAUGGUUCCUGAAGAACUAUCCAGGAAGCUGUGGCCUUUCCAGAAAUGGAGAUUGGGCGGGCUCUCAUCAGAUUGGCAGAGGAAAAUGCAAGGCCUUGAAGGGUUAUGAGAAAAAAGAAGAGGAUGAACUGAGUUUCUGCCAGGGAGAAAACAUCGAGAUCAUAGGCUUUGUCAUACCUGGGCUUCAGUGGUUCAUUGGGAAGUCAUACAGCUCAGGAGAAGUGGGCUUUGUUCCCACUAAGAACAUAGAUCCUGAUUCUUAUUCCCCAAUUAGCAAGAACUCCACCUUCUUCAGUGAUGAGGAAAGAUGCUCUCUGUGGGUGCUGGAACGCAACAGGAGAGAAGAAUGCUCCAGCUUCCUCCACAUGCUGGCUCACACUGACAUAACGUCUGUCUACAGGCUGAGUGGCUUUGAAUCCAUCCAGAAUCUUCCAAAGGAUUUGAGUGCAUCCCAGCCUGAAGGGUUCAAGGAGGCCAGGCCUGGUGGAGCCUGGGAGGAGCAUCAGGCCGCAGGCUCCAGACACUCCAGCAGCUCUGAGGACUCCAGUCCAGAGGAGGAGCUCCUCUCAGCUGCCUCUGACAGCUAUCACCUGCCAGAGCCUGAUGACCUCGACGACCCGGAACUGUUUAUGGACCUAACCGCUGAUCAAGAGGAACAGGAAGCUGAAGACUUUGCCCCCAUAUUGGCCUUUCUGGAUCAUAAGGGUUACAAUGACCACUUUAAGAGUCUCUAUGAUUUUUCCUUCUCUUUCCUCACAACUUCCUUUUACAGCUUCUCUGAGGAAGAUGAGCUAAUGGCUUAUCUGGAAGCUUCAAGGAAGUGGGCCAAGCGGGGCCACAUGACCUGGGCCCAUGUCCGCAUCUGCUUCCUCCUGGGUCGGCUAAGCAUCAGAAGAGUCAAACUCUCUCAGGCCAGGGUAUACUUUGAGGAGGCCGUUCGCGUCCUCAGUGGGGCCUUUGAUGACUUGCCCUUAGUAGCUGCUCUGUACAUCAACUUGGCUGCUAUCUACCUGAGGCAGAGACUGAGGUCGAAGAAUUCAAACUUGCUGGAGAAGUCAGGCACCCUGAUGGCCUGCCUGCCUGACCAUGAAUAUACUGCAAAGAUCGAACUCGAUGUGGUGGUCUACGUGCUGCGCCAGGGGAUUGUGGCAGGCAGCCAUCCCCUGGAGGCCCGGGCCUGCUUCCUGGCCAUUCGGCUGCUCCUAAAACUGGGCCGCCAUGAGGAGGUCCUACCCUUUGCUGAGCGUCUAAAGCUCCUCUCCACACACCCUCCCGCCUCAGAUGCUGUGACCAACAUCCUGAGUUUUCUGUACGACAAGAAGUAUCUCCCACAUCUUGCAGUGGCCUCUGUUCAGCAACGUGGUGUGCAAGGUGGCCCAGAGAUGCGGGUUCCGGUUUGGCAGGCCCACUUGGUUCUGCAGAAUUCCACCAAGCUCCUGUGUGCUCCCUCCCAGAGCUGGGAUGAAGUUCCCGCCCUGGCCUGCCCAACGCUCAGCCACGCACUGGCCGCCUGUGAGGAGCGGGCAGACCAGGGCACCCAGAGGGUCUUAUGUCUCAUCCUGUCCAAAAUGUACCUCCAACACAGGUCUCCCGAUGGUGCUAUCUACUACCUGAGCCAAGCCUUGGCCCUUGGGCAGCUGCUGAGCGAGCUUGAAGCCUUUGAGUCGUCCCUCUGCCUGGCGUGGGCCUAUCUCGUAGCCAGCCAGCCGAAGAAGGCUUUGAACAUCAUUGAGCCACUCUUAUCCUCACUGAAAGACACAGACAAUAUCACCCAGAAGGGAGUGGUCCAUAACCUCAUGGGCCUGGCACUUCACUGUGAAGGCCGGGUGACUAGGGCAAGUAAGAGCUAUUUCCGGGCCUUGAACAGAGCCCGGGAAAUGGGGAAUAUACGGAACCAAGCGGUGACUCUAGCCAAUCUCGGCCACCUGACCCUUCGGUCCUGGACUCAGCAGCCAGCCAGGAAUUACCUUCUGCAGGCUGCUCGACUCUAUUCCGAACUCCCAACCAACAAGGAGACAGACAUGGAACUGGUGCAGGUACUGCUCUGGCUGGCCCAAGUCCUGGUGUGUGGACGCCAGUUGGCCAGUGGGUGCCUGUGUUAUGAAAUGGCAUUGCUGUUUGGCUUAAUGCAUCGACACCUAAAGAGUCAGCUUCAGGUCACCAAAUCCCUCUGCCAUUUCUACAGCUCUGAGUCCCCAAAUCCCGAAGCAUGCAUCACCUACCAUGAGCACUGGCUGGCCCUGGCUCAGCAACUCAGGGACCGGGACAUGGAGGGCAGGCUGCUGGAGUCUUUGGGACAGCUCUACAGGAACUUCAACACGCCCAGGUCUCUUAGGAGAUCCCUAAUUUGCAUCAAGGAAAGUCUGCGUAUCUUCAUCGACCUGGGGGUGAAGGACAAGGCUGCUGAGGCCUGGCUCGGGGCUGGGCGCCUCCACUACCUCAUGCAGGAAGAUGAGCUGGUUGAGCUAUACCUGCAGGCAGCCAUCCAGACAGCCCUAAGAACCGAAGAGCACUCCCUGGCUCUCAAACUCUAUGAAGAAGCUGGCGACGUGUUCUUCAACGGGACCCGCAACAGGCACCGUGCAGUGGAGUAUUACCGAGCUGGUGCUGUGCCUUUAGCAAGGAGGAUGAAAGCAGUCAGAACUGAACUCCGUGUUUUCAACAAGUUGACGGAGCUCCAGAUCAGCCUUGAAGGCUAUGAGAAAGCCUUAGAGUUCGCCACCCUGGCUGCUAGACUCAGUACAGUCACAGGGGAUCAGCGGCAGGAGCUGGUGGCCUUUCACCGCCUGGCUACCGUGUACUACACCUUGCACAUGUAUGAAAUGGCUGAGGACUGCUACCUGAAGACUCUGUCCCUCUGUCCACCUUGGCUGCAGAGUCCCAAGGAGGCCCUCUACUAUGCUAAGGUGUAUUACCGCCUGGGUCGACUAACCUUCUAUCAGCUGAAGGAUGCCCACGAUGCCACUGAGUACUUCCUGCUGGCCCUGGCGGCAGCCGUCCUGCUGGGUGAUGAGGAGCUGCAGGACACCAUUAGGAUCAAGCUGGAUGACAUUUACCAGAGCCCCCUGUGGCACAGCAGCCCUGCAGGACGCUCCUCAGAGAGGGCACGGUGGCUCAGUGGUGGGGGACUGACCCUCUGA